CCCCGAGCGCCGCCGCGGGAGCGAGAGCUGCGCGGCGGGAGGAGAUCUGGGAGUGUAGCACAGAACUGGUAUGAAAUAUAUGAUUUUGUCCAUCAGCUGACAGAAAGAUUUGUGAGCCCCAAGAUGAGACUGUCAUUCAUCGUGUUUUCCACCCAAGCACAUGUCAUUUUGCCAUUAACUGGAGACAGAGAGAAAAUCAAGAAAGGUCUUAAGGAUUUAGAGGAGGUCAAACCAGCAGGUGACACAUACAUUCAUGAAGGGUUAAAACAGGCUAAUGAGCAAAUUGCAGUGCAAGGAGCCUCAAGGUUUUCCAGUAUCAUCAUUGCAUUGACAGAUGGCAAACUCGAUGGUCAGAUUCCCUUGUAUGCAGAGAAAGAGGCAAAGAAAUCCAGAGAGCUGGGGGCUCGAGUUUAUUGUGUUGGUGUCCUUGAUUUUGUACAAGAACAGCUUGAAAAAAUUGCUGAUACAAAAGAACAAGUCUUCCCUGUCACUGGAGGAUUCCAAGCACUUAAAGGAAUCAUUAAUUCUGUUUUGAAGCAAUCAUGCACUGAGAUUUUAUAUUUGGAACCAUCCAGUGUCUGUGUGGGAGAGGAGUUUCAAGUUGUUCUUAGAGGAAGUGGCUUAACCCUUGCCAGGAGACUUGAUGGUAUUACUUGUACCUAUCACGUGAAUGGAACCACUAUUAAUGAAAAACCAAAAAAGGUGGAACCAGAGUUUCUGCUCUGCCCUGCACCAAUCCUAUAUAAAAGUGGCCAAACCCUAGAAGUUUUGGUGAGUUUGAACGAAGGGCAGUCUUUCAUGUCCAGCUCAUUAACAAUCACUGCUUCGGAGUGUUCCAGUGGAGUUGCUGCACUUAUCGCUGUUCUUGUGCUGUUACUUUUGGUGGCGCUUGGUCUUCUCUGGUGGUUCUGGCCCCUCUGUUGCAAAGUGGUCAUCAAAGAUCCGCCUCCGCCUCCAUCCGCUCCGAAAGAGGAAGAAGAAGAAGAUCCCUUACCAACCAAGAAAUGGCCCACAGUAGAUGCUUCCUACUAUGGAGGACGAGGCGUUGGAGGAAUUAAAAGAAUGGAGGUUCGCUGGGGUGAUAAAGGAUCUACAGAAGAAGGGGCUAGAUUAGAAAAAGCAAAAAACGCUGUGGUGAAGCUCCCAGAAGAAGCAGAAGAGCCUUUUCAUCCUAAACCACCUAAACCAAAGCCUACCUCACCAGUCAUUCAGGAGAAGUGGUACACACCAAUUAAGGGUCGACUUGACGCACUGUGGGCGCUGUUACGGCGACAGUACGACCGCGUCUCUUUGAUGCGACCACAGCAAGGAGAUGAGGGCCGAUGCAUUAACUUCACCAGAGUUCAAUCUCAGUAAAGAAGGAGAAGAGGAUCCCAGGAGAACCUGCAGCCACAUUGCCACUUCUCAAGCAGCCAAAGACGCCCGAGCACGUCCGCGAAUUGCUUGGAUCAUCGUCAAGCCUGAGCUUAGAAGGUUUCUCCGUUCCCCUCUUGCAGGAGGCCGCGGGGCUGUCCCCAGCUCUUGCCUCUUCCCACGUUACGUUAACGCCCUGUGAUUCGCAGCAGUGACAACAAGGGCAGCAUUGACUUGCAUGCCGACGCUUUUGUAGAACACGCAGCACGCGCGCGCGCGCGAGGAAGGAUGCAGACAACCAAAGAUGCUAAUUUUUUAAUUUUUUUAUGAAUUUUUAAGGACUACAGAUUCUCAGGACGCAAUGUGCUUUCAGCGGAGAUGCAGAGUUUCUCAGAUGCAAAGACGGCACGUGUUAUUUAAAUAGGCCUAUUUAAAUAGUCCCUAUAUAAAGGGACUAUUAGCCAUAGGCGAAGGAUAAAAAUUCCCACCAGGCUAAGCAAAUGCAAGAGUUCACUGCCUUACAGCGAUGUCAGAUCACAAAAUCCUUCUGAGUCUCCCAUCGCAUCGUGCCUUACGGGAACCUUCUGACUGGAAAUCUUGUCAUUCUAACACUGAAAAGUGCACACGCAUGACAAAAUGUAGACAGGGUGCCUCAAGGUAUUGGUAGCAAGCAAGACUUUGCCCUUUAGUUUUUGAAGACACCUUUCUUUCAUUAUGCACCCGGGACAGGAAGAAAAUUAAUAGAGCGUUAUUCCACAGGAAGACAGCCUGUAACCAGAGAUCUUGAGCGGAGUUUGAGGGACUGAUGCUUCAAGACCUUGACACUGUGGCUGGUGGUUUUUUCCCCUUUCCUGCAUUCAAAGUUCAGUAGCGCAUAAAACAUCAUCAUCUAUAAACAUACCUAGCAGUAGUAGGCUUAUGUAUUAUUUUUUUUAGAUUAAAAAAAGCAGUAGCCACUAAGCUGGUAUCUCAGGGUUUUUUUCCCCCCUAAAUCUCCAAGGGCUCUUCAGCGUCACAAGCCAGCAACUCUCUUUGCAUGAGAAUUUCAAAGUUUAAUUAAUAUAAUUAAAGGCAACAGCAAGCAGCAGCCUGUGAAGAUUUUGCUCAUCUUUUUUAUGCCUUUUGACAUUGAAUGACCUAUUACUGUAUGUGCAUUACUCGGUUUUCGAGGGGGCACUGAGCAUUGGUUGAGAUUCAGCAAUGGAAAAAGACCUCCUUCCAUCAAUUUAGAAAUUAGAUUUACGGGAGUGCCGGCCAUCACAAAACAUUGACAAUGUAUGUAUUAUAAUUUUUUAGAAAAACCAGUGUCGUGUCACGUCGACGAUGCCAAAUUAUGUUAGCGUGAGCGGAAACACUGUGGGGGAGGAAGGAGGGAGCAGCUGAAGAAAAAGGCUCAAAUGAUCCAGUCACUUUCGAUACUGUACUUCAGAUGCAAAAUGGAUAUUCGAGUCGAAACCUGACAAAGCGCGCCCGCUUUGAUGGGAACUGGUAUAGACAAUGACCAGUGGCUGGGUCAGUGGGAUGUCUCUCUGCGAGCAGGGAGGCUUAUCAAAUGACACUAAAAAUAAGUUCAACAACCAUCACAUUUGAGGGGAAAAGGCGAACAUUUCACAUUUGGUGGGCACAAAUGUGUGCAAGAUGGAAAGAGCAAUGUGGAGCGUCCUGGUCUAAUUAUCUCCUUUGUGCUCUUCAUUGAAAUCGCAAGGGACAUAAAUAAUUCUUUUGGUCGAUGUCCAAAUUCGUGGCACUGCCCAAAGAAGCCUUUACAUAUAUCUACUCGCUUACAUCUUUUGCUUGAGUUUAUUUAUGUCACUGGUAGCCUCGUCAACAACCCUGUGUGCACAUUAGACUACAAAUAAAA